AAAGGAAGUCGGUUAUAUCAUAUUUCUUGUUUCGUACUCCAUUCUUUCUCUCCUCUCUACUGUAUCAACUUCCAUAGCUUUUUCUCCACUUCCAACAAUGGCAACACCAAUGGUUCUCGAUCCAAAACCCUUACCGGAGGCACCAUCGACCCGACCCGACCCAUAUAUACAGGACGUUCUUUCCGACGGCGAAGAUGACCUCUACGCCCGCCUAAAAUCUCUUCAACGGCAGCUGGAAUUCAUCGAGAUCCAAGAGGAAUAUGUGAAGGACGAGCUGAAAAAUCUCCGGCGAGAACACUUACGGGCACAGGAAGAAGUCAAACGGAUUCAAUCGGUGCCGUUAGUAAUCGGUCAGUUCAUGGAGAUGAUUGAUACGAAUAACGCUAUUGUGGGCUCCACUACGGGAUCUAAUUACUACGUUAGAAUACUCAGCACUAUUAAUCGGGAGCUACUUAAACCCUCGGCUUCUGUGGCCUUGCAUCGUCACUCGAAUGCGCUUGUUGAUGUUUUACCUCCUGAGGCUGAUUCGAGUAUUUCUCUGCUUAGCCAAUCGGAGAAACCUGAUGUUACCUAUAGUGAUAUUGGAGGAUGUGACAUACAAAAGCAGGAAAUCCGUGAGGCUGUUGAGUUACCUCUGACUCAUCACGAGUUGUACAAGCAGAUUGGUAUAGAUCCUCCCCGUGGUGUCUUGCUUUAUGGUCCACCAGGUACCGGGAAAACUAUGCUUGCAAAGGCUGUCGCUCAUCACACUACUGCUGCCUUCAUAAGGGUUGUUGGCUCAGAAUUUGUUCAGAAGUACUUGGGUGAGGGUCCUCGAAUGGUUCGUGAUGUCUUUCGCCUUGCCAAAGAAAAUGCUCCUGCAAUUAUAUUUAUUGAUGAGGUAGAUGCAAUUGCAACUGCCAGGUUUGAUGCUCAGACUGGAGCUGAUAGGGAGGUCCAGCGUAUCCUCAUGGAGUUGCUGAAUCAGAUGGAUGGAUUUGACCAGACCGUGAAUGUGAAAGUUAUUAUGGCAACUAAUAGAGCUGAUACUUUGGAUCCUGCACUUUUGCGUCCUGGAAGGCUUGAUCGGAAGAUUGAAUUUCCUUUGCCUGAUAGGCGUCAAAAGAGGCUUGUUUUUCAGGUCUGCACUGCUAAGAUGAACUUAGGUGAUGAGGUCGACUUGGAAGAUUAUGUUUCUCGCCCUGAUAAAAUUAGUGCUGCUGAGAUUUCAGCUAUUUGUCAGGAAGCAGGUAUGCAUGCAGUGCGAAAGAAUCGAUAUGUCAUACUCCCCAAGGACUUUGAAAAGGGCUACAGGACCAAUGUGAAGAAGCCUGACACUGACUUUGAAUUCUACAAGUGAUUUGUAAAAUUAGUUUAAGAGAUCGACUUUGUACGCUCCUGUGAAGAUCUUCUAACUGAAGUUAUAAUUGUACUGCUAACUUUUCAAACAUCUAAUGGCUUGUACCUUCUUCGUUCAGUCAUUUGUUCGUUCAUGAAGUGUUAACAAGCCGUCUGGAUCGAUUUGACA